AUGGCACUGCUCUCUUCGCUUACGAAGUACUUGAAACUGCCCGGGAAACAAGACCCUGCAUCAAUUGGCCUGAUCGAAGUCUCUUUGCUAAAGAUCCCUCGCAACAACUCUGUAAGCAUCGAGUACAACACCAUAGAAACCGUGCUGGACAUAAAGACGACAAAAACAACAUAUGACAUAUUCAGCAGCACAGACACAAUCCAAAUAAACUCAGUCCCGUACGAAAUAGGAAACAAAACGAUAGAGGUGGACAGAGCCACAGUAGAAAUAAAAACCACAAAAAACAAAAUAAAAAUACACCCAGACGACUUCACGCGCAUAAAGCUGAUAGGAAAGGGAACAUCAAAGGUGUACUUAGUGAGGUACAACCGGUCGAACAGGCUCUACGCCUGCAAAGUGUUUAAAAAGACAAAACAGAAAAGCAAGCCCAUCAACGAGAAGAAUCUUCUGGUAAAACUGAAAAAAUCGCCUUUUCUCAUACCUCUUCUGGUCUCGUUCCAGUCUCCCUCAGAGCUCUUCCUUAUAUUCCCGUACUACAAAUACGAUCUGUUCACUGUUCUUCUGGAAAGCCCGCUCUCUGAGUAUGUGGCCCGGAUAUAUUUCUGCGAGCUGCUGCUGAUCAUAAACCAUCUCCACUCCAACAACAUCAUCUACAGAGACAUAAAGCCUGAGAACAUUCUGAUCGACUACAACAACCACAUUCUUCUCUGUGACCUAGACAUUUCAAUCGAGUCAGAGGACAGAAAUACGUACUGCGGAACACUGGAGUACAUGCCGCCCGAGAUAAUUCGAAACGACAGAUACGAUGCAACAUAUGACUACUAUGCCCUGGGCAUACUGCUGUAUGAGAUGAUAGUUGGGCACACUCCGUAUCGGGUAAUAGGAGAGGAGAAAGAAGAAGAAAAAGAAGAAGACUUGAAAGAUAGAAUAUUGUAUGAAGAGAUAGAGUACCCCAGCACAGGAAUGAACAGAGACGUAAUAGACCUGAUAAACAAGCUAACAGACAAAAAACCAAGCAAAAGAAUAAAGUACGAUGAAAUACUCAGACACAGAUGGAUAGCAGAGGUGGAUUGGAGUAAAAUACAGAACAAAGAGUACAAAGUGGAGGUAGAAAUAGAAAAGAAAGAAAAAGAAACAGAAGUAGACGACAGCAUAGACGAUGAGAGCUACAGAACAACAGUGCCAGGGUUCACGUGGAUAGGAGAAGAGUGGGAGGAAGAGUGA